UGCCAGUGAGUCCAUUGUACCAGGCCUAGGUCAGUGAUGGCCAGCAUCCGGGAAGCAAUAAACCAGCUUUUCAAGCAAGGAGACUGGCAGACAGCACUUGAUGUACAAACUACCUCUGAUGACUACAACACAGUAUUAUGGAUACGUCCCACGUUGGCAGACUUGCACUUUAUCUAUGCAGCUAUGAAGUCCCGCGGACUCAACCUUCUGAUCAGCAUUGGCUGUGGUAGCGGAUUCCUGGAAUGGGUGCUAGCCUCGGCUACAGGUUUACAGGUGGUAGGUGUUGAACAGGACCCGAACUGGUGGACUUCUCCCUACAUCCAGACCUACAUUCCUCACAUUUACACGGGAGAUCCACACUGUUCUUCUGUCUUGCGCCGUCCUCAAUCUGCUGUCAUGUUUUGUUAUUUCAACAAUGGCAAAGCAUUUCACGAUUACUUGACAACAUUUGCCGGAAAGUGUGUAAUAAUUAUUGGACCUAAAAGUCACCGGCACACAAAUCCACAUCCAUUCCAACCCUUGUUUGAAAAUGACCAAUGGAUUUUAAAGGAGUACAAACAAAUUGGUGAUAGCUUUGAUUAUAUUGUGGUCUACGAUAAAGUAGAUAACUAAGCUAAAGUAGUUAUCUACAAAAGCUGGUAUUAUUUUUCAACAAAACCACAAGGUAUAUAGGGUAAUUUAAGAUUGAAGUGUUAGGAUUUAAGUCGCUCAUAAUUCUAUUGGGAUUUUAUUUAUUUCAUCCGGUUUAGCAAUUGUAGACUAUUAUCUUAUUUAUGGUAAAAUAAGAUAUUUUUGAUUAAUUUAGUUUAUUUAUGCAACAAUAUUACUGUGCAUUUAGCAAGAUAUUAUUUGUAGGAUAGUAAAAUAA